AGUUGUGAUGUCUACAAUCUUCAAGGGAAUAAAUUGAAAAAACAAAACCACCCCUCACCCCAAAUCAAUGAUGAACUUUAACCAAAUGUUGCAGAGAUGAUUCCUUAUGCUUAUUAUGUUUCGUUUUUGGAAACUGAAAAACUUAUGUACGCUGUUGUAGAUUUUGAUGUCUAACUUAGUCUAAAUUUCGGUCAAAAUAUAUGGUAGGCCGCCAGUGCGGAGGGGCACGGUAGGGUCAAGGGGUAGUAGGGGAAUUAGCAGCACACCGCCGGCUUGCCAGAUUCUCAAGAAAUAUCCCUCCUUUCGACAUGUUCGAGGGGGCCGCUGGAUUCGCUGGAUGACCAUUUGUGCCAAUUAGUGCCCAGUUGGCUGCCUCAGAAAUUAAAUUGAGGGAAUCUGGGAACCAAUGACAUCAAAAGCGGUCAGUAAAGUGUGCGCAGGCUCGCGAGUGGGAGAAUCGAAGAAAAAGAGUGUUAGAAUGAUUCCGAAUAAAAUGUACACUUUGGAAGCUUUGAUUUGGCCAUCAUACCCUUUAAAAUGACCUAGAGGAAGGAACUAACGUGACUCAACAUGGCUUCGGUCAAGGUAGCAGUUAGAGUGAGGCCCCUUAAUAAAAGGGAACGUGAUAUGGCGGCGAAAGUUUGCAUCCAUAUGGAAGGCAAGAAAACUACAAUCUCCAAUCCUGCCGGCGAAGAUAAGGAUUUUUCAUACGAUUUUUCCUACUGGUCUGCCGAUAGUUCAGACCGACAUUUUGCCUCACAAGAGCAGGUUUUUGAGGACUUGGGAACUGACGUUAUCCGGUCAGCAUUUGAAGGUUACAAUGCAUGUAUAUUUGCUUAUGGUCAGACUGGUGCGGGCAAGUCAUACAGUAUGAUGGGGCAAGACGUAAGAAGCCAUUAUUGGGGAGACUAUGAGAAAGAGGGGGGUNAACCCCUUAAAUUCCACUAUUUAAUCAGUGUGACAUUUGCCCAUUUUCUGUCCUGCAUGGGGGUUCAUGGCCGGGUCGCUAAGAUUUGCCGGCUGCCAUCAGUGAAAGCUUGUGGAUUGGAUAUUUCAGGCACCCAAGCUCCAUUUAGUCAAGUAGUUGUUAAUAGUGUAAAAGCAGACGUUUACUGUAAGGUUUGUUCAUGUUACAGGACUGUUGCCUCCACCAACAUGAAUGAUGUGAGCAGUAGAUCACAUGCAAUAUUCACCAUUUUAUUUACUCAGGCAAAGUUUUACACAGAUAUGCCAAGUGAAACUGUCAGUAAAAUCCACUUAGUUGAUUUAGCAGGAAGUGAGAGAGCAAACUCAACUGGUGCUACAGGAAGCAGGUUGAAAGAAGGAGCAAACAUAAACAAAUCUCUUGUCACAUUGGGAACAGUUAUUUCAGCGUUAGCUGAAGCAAGUGAAAAUACCAUCAAUAAGGAUCCCAAGAAGAAGUUGUUUAUACCAUAUCGCAACUCUGUUUUGACGUGGCUACUCAAAGACAGUUUAGGAGGGAAUGCCAAGACAAUCAUGAUAGCAGCUAUAUCACCAGCUGACGUGAAUUAUUCAGAAACCCUCAGCACCUUGCGAUAUGCCAACAGAGCCAAGAACAUCAUUAACAAACCCACCAUCAAUGAGGAUCCAAAUGUGAAACUCAUCCGAGAACUGAGGGCUGAGAUAGAUCGACUCAAAGUGCUCCUGCAGGCACAUGGCCAGGAUGGAAUUGGAGGGCUUGGGGCUGCUGAAGAAUCACAGAUGACUGAGAGACUUCACGAGAAUGAAGCAAGAGUCGAAGAACUCACUAAGAACUGGACCAGCAAGUGGCGGGAGACGCAGAAAAUUAUCGAGGAGCGAGCUCUUGGGUUCAGAUAUGAAGGUGCUGGUAUUAAAAUGGAGUCCGAGCUGCCUCACUUGGUCUGCAUUGAUGACGAUGUGCUCAGUACAGGAGUCACUCUUUAUCAUUUGAAGGAUGGCAUGACGUACAUUGGAAAAGAGGAUGUCAAUUUUAACCCUGACAUAGUGUUGUCAGGGCCUGGUAUUGAAGCAGAACAUUGCAUCAUGGAGAGUAUCGAAGGGACUGUUAUCCUUCAUCCCAUUGCCUCCCUGUGUCAAGUGAAUGGGCUCCCUGUGGGCAAGUCACAGCGGAUUAGUCAGGGUGAUGUAAUUUUACUUGGAAAGACUAACAUGCUGCGGUUUAACCAUCCUCAAGAAGCUGCCAAACUCAGGAAAAAGAGAUACUAUGAAUCGAUGGAAAAUCUGGCGGACAUUGGAUCAGAACCAGAGAGAGAACCAUCUUACAUGUUCUACAAUGCCGGUUUGGAGCUGGAGCGUCAGUAUCGCGAGGAAACUCGAAGGAUAGAAGAGCAAAGGAAAUGCCUUGAAACCCAACAGCGAGAAGCUGCUGACAAAUUAGAGGAAGCAAGGCGCGAGCUUGAGUUUCUCCGUUCCCAGCAACAGAGAGCUUCUGAAGUUCGCAGUGCAGAGGAAGUUGAACGAAAAAAGGAGCUGGAAGCGAGUCAUCAGCAGUUAGAACUUCAGAAGAAAUACUUGGAGGAAAUACGAGAAGAACAAGAGCUUGCUCGCCAACGAGCUGAGGAGGAAAUAAGACAGGUGAAGGAAAGGAUUCGUCAAGAACAGGAAGAAGAGAAGCAGAGGCUGGAAGCUGAAAUGCAGCGGUUGAUGGCGCUGGAAGAAGACCACAGGAAGAAGGUUCAACUCAAGGAACAGGAGAUGGGAAGAAUUAAAGAAGAUCUGGAGAAGAAAUGGGACCGAGAACGAAGACAGGUUGAAAUGCAGCGUGAAGAAGUGGCAAGAUUACAGCAAGAAAUUGAAACAAAAUCACAAGAAUUAGAAUUAGCUGAGCAGCAGGCUCGAGCCACUGCUGAACGGAGCAGUGCUGCAUCAUCACCUGGGACACUUAGUCCUUCUGUUAGCAAUGACAUGCUGCAGAGAGCUCCUGAACGCAGUGAGGCGGAAGCCGAAGCGGCAGCUGAGGCAGCAGCCGAGGCAGCGGCUAGGGCAGAGCCCGAGGAGAAGUCGCAACUGGAAGUACUCCGUGAGCGACUGAAGCAGCUGGAAGUUGAUUAUGAAGAGCAGCGAAAGCAAGCUCAGCGGGAGGUGUCCCAAGCCAAGGAGUCGGUCCGGCGAGUGGAGCAGGAGACCUUGGAAGGACUCCGCAGCCUGACCACUGGGAAGUCAGCCAUUGAAGGAGAAUGGCGCCGACUAGAGGAAGUGCAGGCCAAACACAAGCGAGCUCAAGACCAAGCCUACGCCAAGAUUAGAGACGUGCGCGAGAUGCUGGAGAGUGCGGAGGAGGUGGAGGAAGCGUCACUCAUUGAAAAGGAGAAAAUGAUUAUGGAGAGAAGGGCUGCAAGAAUGAAAGUGGAGGAAGCCAGGAGGAGGUUGGAAGAGUUGGAAAACGAAGAUAAGGACGUUGAGUUGACUGAAGCCGAUUUCACGAAAAAGAAAGAACUGCUAGAAUUCGAAACUCGCGAAGAGAUCAAGGACAUCAGAGAGGAACGAAAAAUAUUGAACGAAUUGUUGAACAAGCAUCAAACGGCUCUUCAAAAGGCCACGCUUAUGGUGACAGAAACGAAAACUAAGCUUGAGAAACAUCUGGAGGGCGAGAAGUUGAUUCUUAUGCCGCUCAGAGAGAAAGUUGAGAGCUUGGUGCGGAAUGAACUAGGACCGCUGAUUGAGUAUGAACAAGAGAUAGAGAGAAGAUGUGAAGAUGUUGACCGCGAGGGGCGAGAGCGCAAGAAGCUCAUUUACAAACAGCGCCGGAGGAUUGCGUUGCUGGAGCGACAGCACAGCCAGGCACUGCAGCAGGCGGAGAAAGAGACUUUGAACGAGGAGGAGCUGGAGGAGUUGGAGAACGAAAGAGAAGCGGAACGAAGCCUGAUAAGGAAAGAAAAGGUCCGACUUCUUGAACUGGAGAAGAAGCACAAGGAACAGCAGGAGGUGGCAGAGCUGACGAUCGGAGAGGCGGUGCAAGAGUUGGAGAAACGCAAGGCGAGCGUGAAUCAGCUGCUUGAAACUGAGAGAAGAAAGCUAUCUGAUCUGGAAGCCGUGCACAAAGAGACCUUGGAGCACGUGGAACAAGAACUGGGGCAGAGAUCAGAGAUUCUGCACAGGGUGAAAGAUAAAGUACAGAAGGACAAACGGCAGCUUGCCAAACUAGACGUAAGGCAACAACGCUGCGCGGCCAAAGCCGCCGAGGAGUUAUUCCUUAUGGCGGACCUGCUGGAGAAGGAAAUGAGCGAUAAAGGAAAGACAGACGAGCUUAUCAGGAUCAAAGAACAGAGGAAAAAACUGCAGGAGUUGGACAAACAGCUGAGAAUGGCAGAGAAGCGAGAGAAGAAUUCACGCGGCGAUGACGACCAAAACCCGCAGUGCAUUCUGCUAUAGACGCAUAAAUGAACAGGCUUGCUUGUGAUUGGUUGUUUUGAGAUGCUGGUGCCUGCCAUAUGUGGGAAGAUUGGUUCUGUCUAGUACCCAAUCACGAGCAAGUAUUAAAUCGAGUCUAAAUCAAUUUAAUUUGUUUGUAGGUAACUUCUCUAUUAUUGAAUUUAGUUAAGGGAUGGAUAAAAUUUGUUAUUUGAGUUCUAUUCCAUAAGUUUACUUAUUUAUAGCGAAGAAUAUUUCGCUCUUGUAUAUAGAUGAAUGAAUGCUAGUAGAAGGCGAAGCUUCCACAAGCCUACUUGACCUAACGUCGCAAAUACAAAUAUAAAUUGUCUUCCUAAGAACGAUCUCCUUUUUACAUUUAAAUUGAGAAUCAUCUAAGAACUGUAAUCGGGAUGUAGCAUUUUGUACUACAGCCGUGAAGUUUUCUUUACCCUAGUGAUCUUUCGCUAUUUUCAUCAAUCUCCCUUUUGUUGUAAAAUAGAAUCGUGCAGAUUAAAGUAAGAAUUGUAAAUUAAUAAUGGAAAGGUUUCUGUCGGCAGUGCUAAUUAUGGUGUAGGUAAGGUAAAUAGAUAGUAGGAUUUUACACAUUAUGCCUAAUUUUUUCACUGUAAAAUUAUGCUGAUAUUCGAUGCCCAAAGUUUUUCACUAUUAUGCUCAAAAGACGUCACUCUUAUGCUCAUUAAUGCGUACGUGAAAAAAGUGCUAUUUUCCCUUAAUUUUAACGCUUAUUUUAAUGAAGCGUGAGCGACACCUCAUUGUAAGGUUUGACUAUUACGAAGAGUUAACUAGAAGUGAAAAACUCGCUCAGCUGCAGCUGACGAGGGUUAUAUUGACAAGACAUUCUGGCAUGCUGAAGCCCAAUUUGGAAGCUCUUUUUCAUGUUGAGACCACUGGGUAGUAACAGUACUCUCGGCCUGCCUAAGGCCCGGAAUAAGCCAGUUUUCGUCACUGUUAUUCCGGCAUAAUGCUCGAUUCUUUUAUCUCACUUUUAUACUCAAAGUAAUGCGGCAUAAUGUGUAAGACCCUAAUAGAUAGCUUAAUUGAUUAAACUUUCGGGAGAAAAGGACUAGAAGUUAUCGAAUUGUGGAAAGAAAACUGCGGAGUUCUUUCUUUGCAAAAGUUAUUUAAUUAAAUUUAAAAGUCAAUUCUCUUCAUUAAAGAAUCAAUAUUUAUUUCGCCGAACUAAAGUAAGACUUAGUUUAUUUUUAUUUGAAAUUUGGCAGCGAUUAUUAUCAACAGUAAAUUGUAUAAAACGUAUUGGCCCUGUUUAUAGGGUGCCAGUGAAAAAGGGAAUUGAGGUGAAAAAAUAAGUAACAAAUGUGUUAUAAUGUUAGAAUAGGGAUUAUACCCUCAUCAGUUAAAAACGUUAACAUCCCGGCAGGGCAUAUCCCAAGGAUUUGACAUCAUUAACCCCUGGGAUAUUCAAUCUCUUCAGAAAGUAUUUGUAUUUGUAUUUGUAAUGUACAGCAGAAGGGCUAAAUCGAAGGAAAUGUUUAUAGCUCACUGAGGUACAAUGUCACAAAAGAGAGAAGAUUUGGAGACGAUUGACGGGAAUCGCGAAGGGUAUUGAUUUUGCCCCAGAAGGGCCCAUGAAUGUCAAAUCCUUGGGAAAUUUUGAAAUAUUUGAAGUGGUACUAGAUGAUGCGAAGAGUGCCUCACGGAAUUAUCAAUGAACAAUUGAACAACAGAAAAUGUUACAUAAUAAAGGAAUGGUGGGUAUCGAG